GACCCCGCCGUGCUGCCUGGCCAUGAGGAGGUUUGGCUACUGCCGGCUGGUGUUGGCCACCUCGCUGCUUUGGCUGCUGCUGGACGUGUUCCUGCUGCUCUACUUCAGCGAGUGCAACAAGUGCGAGGACAGCAAGGAGCGCUCGCUGCUGCCCGCGCUGCGCGCCGUGAUUUCCCGGAGCCAGGAGGGCCCCGGGGAGAUGGGCAGGGCCGUGCUCAUCCCCAGGGAGGAGCAGGAGAAGAUGAAGGAGCUCUUCAAGAUCAACCAGUUCAACCUCCUGGCCAGCGACCGCAUCGCGCUGAACCGCAGCCUGCCCGACGUGCGGCUGGACGGGUGCAAGAGCAAGGUGUACCCGGAGGAGCUGCCCAACACCAGCGUGGUGAUCGUGUUCCACAACGAGGCCUGGAGCACGCUGCUCAGGACCAUCCACAGCGUGCUGGAGCGCUCCCCGCCGCGCCUGCUGGCCGAGAUCGUCCUGGUGGAUGAUGCCAGCGAGAGAGAGUUCCUGAAGGCGUCCCUGGAGCACUACGUGCACGGUCUGGGGGUGCCGGUCCGGAUCGUGCGGCUGGGGCGGCGCUCGGGGCUGAUCCGGGCGCGGCUCCGGGGCGCCGCCGCUUCCCGGGGCCAGGUGCUCACCUUCCUGGACGCCCACUGCGAGUGCACCCUGGGCUGGCUGGAGCCGCUGCUGGCCAGGAUCAAGGAGGACAGGAAAACCGUGGUGUGCCCCAUCAUCGACGUGAUCAGCGACGACACCUUCGAGUACAUGGCGGGCUCGGACAUGACCUACGGCGGCUUCAACUGGAAGUUGAAUUUCCGCUGGUAUCCCGUGCCCCAGCGGGAGAUGGAGCGCAGGAAGGGGGACAGGACCCUGCCCGUCAGGACCCCAACUAUGGCUGGUGGCCUCUUUUCUAUUGACAGGAGCUACUUUGAAGAGAUAGGAACUUACGAUGCAGGAAUGGAUAUCUGGGGUGGCGAGAAUCUUGAAAUGUCCUUUAGGAUCUGGCAGUGCGGAGGUUCCCUGGAGAUCGUCACCUGCUCCCACGUGGGACACGUCUUCCGCAAGGCCACCCCCUACACCUUCCCGGGGGGCACCGGCCACGUCAUCAACAAGAACAACCGGCGGCUGGCCGAGGUCUGGAUGGACGACUUCAAGGAUUUCUUCUACAUCAUCUCCCCCGGUGCGCCCCGAUUCCUCUGGGGCCACUUCCAACCCAGCCGUUCCCUGACUAUUUGGGAAUGUUCACAAAUUGCAGUUUUCUGCACCAGUCUGGCAGGUCCAGGGAAUCUUUUAAGGAAUAUUUCACUUUUUUCCUUUCUCCAGAUCAGGAAUGUUGAAACCAACCAGUGCUUGGACAACAUGGGCCGCAAGGAGAAUGAAAAAGUGGGAUUUUUCAACUGCCACGGCAUGGGAGGGAACCAGGUGUUUUCCUACACGGCGGACAAGGAGAUCCGCACGGACGACCUGUGCCUGGACGUGUCGCGGCUCAACGGCCCCGUCCUCAUGCUCAAGUGCCACCACCUGAGGGGCAACCAGCUCUGGGAGUACGAUGCCGAGAAGCUCACCCUGAGGCACCUGAACAGCAACCAGUGCCUGGCGGAGCCGUCGGCCGAGGAGCGGCUGGUGCCCACCAUGCGCGAGUGCGGCGGCGGCCGCGCCCAGCAGUGGCUGCUGCGCAACGCGACCCUGGGGCCCUGA